AUGAAACUGAGACCUAGCCGUCGAGCUGUGAUGACCCUAUCCUAUGAUGGCAGAUUAGAGCUGUCCAUUGCAGGAGUGACAAAGCAAGAUGCCGGAGUGUACACUUGUGUGGUCAGCAACGAGGUUGGAAGAGCAGAAAGCAAUGCUAAAGUUGUCGUAUUGGACAGAGAUGCUAAAAAAGAAGAAGCGGAUAGUGAUGCUACUGCUGUUAAAAAGCCAGAUGUUCCAUAUUCCAAAGAACCAAAAUUUCUGACUAAGCCAAUGUCAACGGAAGCAUACGAGGGAGAUAACAUAGUGAUUUUAUGCGAGGUGAUCGGAGAUCCGAAGCCAGAAGUCUUGAUAUGCCUUCUUUGUUGGUAA